AAAUAUUCGCAAAAAAUAUGUUAAUGGUGAAAAUGUGGCGAUAAUGCCAGUUUUAUUGUUAAUCUUAUUGGUGACGUUUGUUUCGCAUUAGUUUUGUUUUGAAAGACAGAUGCUGGUGAACAGAGUGCGGUUGGGUAAAAAUAAUAAGUGAGGCUAAAUAUUAAACUCAGUAUUUCAGAGGGAAUUUAAAAUAAUCAGAGGAAUCAGAGUAAAACCGAAGUAUCAAACAUUUACUCCAAUGUUCCGCACACUUUGAUACGAAUGUUCGUUUUCCUCAUGGUGACACCAAGUUUUCAUCAGACAGACAGCACUUUUCUAAACUAAUGGGAUGCAAACGAAAAUAACGUCGAGUGCUCUAUAAUUUAUUGAAUACCAACGUGGAAGAAAGUUGACCAUGAAACAUGAAAACUCAAUCAAUAAAGGAUAUGAAAAAAAAACAGACAAGCAAAGAAAAAUUGCACAUUGGCAAGUUAUAAAGAACAACAAAAUCAUUGAAACGGGGAGAAUGCACGGCCUUGUUGAUGCAAAAUUAUUGAGCGCCAAUACUUUUAAAUAACAAAUCAAAUUCAAAAAUAAUGGUUCUUACCCAGCGGCAAAUUAAACAAAUUGCAUUUCUCAUCGUAUGUCUACUUCUUGUUUUUGGUUUUUACGAGACUGUCGUGAAAACGGGUGAUGCGUCGUCGAUAGCCUGGCCAAAGGAUGCGUUCAAUAAAAAAGUCUAUCAUGAUACAUCUGAUCCGGAAAUCAAUGAUAAAUUCUUUUGGGAAAAAAGAGAGCCGAGUGCUAAUGAAAUUCGGGAUUCUCACGAGGCAAGGAUUCGCCAACUUGAGGAAAAACUUAGCCACAUGGAGACUAGAAUGAACGAUCGGAUACCCAAAAAUUUUCCGGUUGUGAAGUUUUUAAAUUACAAAAACAGACGAAGAAUUUUGGUAACCGGAGGAGCUGGAUUCGUAGGCUCACAUCUUGUUGAUCGUCUUAUGCUCGCCGGACACGAGGUAAUCGUGGUGGACAAUUUUUUUACUGGUCGAAAAAGAAAUGUUGAGCACUGGGUGGGACAUGAGAAUUUUGAAUUGGUACAUCAUGAUAUUGUCAGGCCACUCUACCUCGAAGUGGACGAAAUUUAUCAUCUUGCAAGUCCGGCGAGUCCGCCGCACUACAUGUUGAACCCGGUAAAAACUCUUAAGACCAAUACUCUGGGCACGAUAAAUAUGCUCGGACUGGCUAAGCGUGUUGGGGCCCGUGUUUUAAUAGCCAGCACUUCCGAAAUAUAUGGAGAUCCCAACGAGCAUCCACAAACUGAAACUUAUUGGGGACAUGUCAAUCCAAUUGGUCCCCGUGCGUGUUACGAUGAAGGCAAACGGGUUGCCGAAACAUUGAGCUACGCGUACAUGCGUCAGGAUGGGGUACAAGUUCGUGUCGCAAGGAUUUUCAAUACGUUUGGUCCGAGGAUGCAUAUGAACGACGGGCGUGUUGUAUCGAAUUUUAUUCUCCAGGCUUUACAAAACGAUUCGAUUACGAUUUAUGGCAAUGGCCAACAGACGAGAUCGUUUCAAUAUGUUUCUGAUCUCGUUGAUGGCCUAGUGGCACUUAUGGCAUCAAAUUACACUAUGCCCAUUAAUAUCGGGAAUCCUGUGGAACACACCAUUGAAGAAUUUGCGAGAAUAAUAAAAGAUCUAGUUGGUGGUACGAGUAAAAUAAUCGAAUUAGCAGCCGUCGAGGAUGACCCUCAGCGAAGAAGGCCCAAUAUAAGUCGAGCGGAGAAAUACUUGAACUGGGAGCCUAAAGUUCCUUUGGAUGUAGGUCUAAAAAAGACUAUAACGUAUUUUGCAAAAGAGCUGCAGCGAACGAAACAUUCACAAAAAGAUAUCGCGCGCAAAUCGUUCUUAAAUGAUCAUGACAUCGUAGACCAACUCUAGAAGAAAAAAUAUUUUUCUUCUGUUCGAUUCAACAACUGCGCAAGGUUUAUGUGCCAAAUGGGUGAACUACCUGUCGAUAUUAUUUUGAAGUUUUGUGCUGUUUAUUCGUUCCAGGCCCAUUGAAAAUUCGCUCCUCUUUAUAGUAUACAAUUGAUGUAUAUAUUUUUAUUUUAAACAUUGGUAAUUAAAAAUUGAAAAUUAAAAUAAAAAAAUGAUAAAAACAUA